AUCCCCUGUUUGAGAAAAGGCCCAAGAAUUUUGGCAUUGGACAGGAUAUCCAGCCCCAAAGAGAACUCACCCGCUUUGUGAAAUGGCCCCACUAUAUCAGGUUGCAGCGGCAGAGAGCCAUCCUCUAGAAGUGGAUGUAAGUGCCUCCUGCCAUUAACCAGUUCACCCAGGCCCUGGACUACCAAACAGCUACUCAACUGCUUAAGUUGGCCCACAAUUACAGGCCAGAGACAAAGCAAGAGAAGAAGCAGAGGCUGUUGGCCUGGGCCAAGAAGAAAGCUACCGGCAAAGGGGAUAUCCCCACUAAGAGACCACCUGUCCUUCGAGCAGGAGUUAACAUGGUCACCACCUUGGUGGAGAACAAGAAAGCUCAGCUGGUGAUGACUGCACACGAUGUGGAUCCCAUCGAGCUGGCUGUCUUCUGCCUACCUGCCCAGUGUUGUAAAAAGGGGGUCCCUUACUGCAUUAUCAAGGGGAAGGCAAGACUGGGACAUCUAGUCCACAGGAAGACCUGCAACACUGUUGCCUUUACAAAGGUUAACUCAGAAGACAAAGGAGCUUUGGCUAAGCUGGUGGAAGCUAUCAGGACCAACUACGACAGAUACGACAAGAUCCACUGUCACUGGGGAGGCAAUGUCCUGGGUCUCAAGUCUGUGGCUCACAUUAUCAAGCUCGAAAAGGCAAAGGUUAAAGAACUUGCCACUGAACUGGGUUAAAUGUACACUGUUGAGUUUUCUGUCCAUAAAAAUAAUUAAAAUAAUA